UCUGUUGCUUUGCUGUCAUUUCCAAAGACAGACAACAUGCUGCCUGCCGUUGUAAAGCUGUGCUGUGGAAUCUCUUACCCUCAUCUAAGAAGCAUGACAGGACUUCAACGCACAGCUUUGGCAGUAAUAGGUCUGGAGAUCACGGACCUGCAGCGAUGGGGACAAAGCCAACAUCACAAGAGACCACAAGCCGGUUUACAUUUUAAUGAGGCCAAACCAGAACGUACAAAGCCUGCACCAGCCACAGAAGAUGAGCUGUUCUAUGUGCAACAAGGUCGAGGUGCAAUGAGCAAAGCUCUCAGCAUGUUGGAGGACAAAGAAGGAUGGAAGUUUGAGAUCGCAGCGAGCAACGGCGAUGUGAUCUGUAGCAAAGUGAUGCCGGGGGCCAGGAAGGUGUUCAAGCUCGAGGCCGUCCUGGAAGCCAGUGUGGAAGAACUCUAUGACCUCCUGUUUGUCAGAGUUGAGGAGAUGCAUCAGUGGAACCCAUGUGUACAGCAAAUCAAAGUUCUAAAACAUGUUGGACCAGAAACGAUUGUCACUCAUGAGGUUUUAGCUGAGACAGCAGGCAGCGUGAUUGGCCAAAGGGAUUUCCUGAGUGUCAGACACAGUUGCAAACAAAAGUCCACCGUUUAUCUCGGAGGAGCAGCGAUUCAGCUAGAGUCAUUCCCACCUCAGGCAGGCUUUGUGAGAGCCGAGGAUGGACCGACCUGCAUCAUUAUACGAGCUCUGGACGAGGAUUCAACAAAAAGCCGCUUCACAUGGCUUCUUAACAUAGACGUCAAGGGCUGGCUCCCAAAGUCCAUUGUCAAUCAAGCUUUGCCCCAAGUCCAGUUGGAUUUCACCAGACACCUCCGCAGACACCUCAGCCUGAGCUGACUGACUCUAUGAGAUACCGUCACCACAGCGGCACCUUGUCGUCACU